UAAAUCGAAGCCAAAUACGAUGGAAACGAAGUGCGAGGUUAAAACGACGGUCGGGAUAGAUUUAUUUAAAAGUAAAUUUCAACGACUCUCAAAUGUUUAUAUCGUGAGUUUAAUUGAUACUCUUCAACUGCCCGAAUUAUUUAUACCGUGGAAGCUCCAGGAAAUUGAUGAUCCACGAAACGCAACAUUGAUCGAUAACUGGGGCAUCAAUCGAGCACCCUCACACAGAACAACCCCCUUUCCCUAUCAGCAUAUCAAGCUACCAGUGAAAUACCUAAAGAGAAGCUUAGCUCUCUUCCUCGGCUCUUUUCUCCGUCUCUUUCUCUCACAGGGACCGAGGAACAAUGAACCAUUGAUUGCAAAGAAUGGGAGCAAGCAAGAGAGGAAAUAUAUAGAUCGAAAGCAAACCCUUAAGAAUACCGAAGUGGUUAAGUACCUAGAUAGACAGAUGGCCUGCUGCUACUAUUUCAAGCUUGAAAUACGAUGUUACUUUCAAUGGAUGAAAAAUUUCAAAUCCAAUUCCUGACGCAGAUUAACCAACGACAGGAAACGUGUAUUCUCAAAUAAAUCUCGUGCCUUGGUUAGCCUGCUUGAUAACUAAUAGAUGCCAGCGAUCAAAGUCAAGAUUUUUCCUACACGUCACUUGACGUAUACGUCGUACGACGUAACGUUCCAUCAACGUCCUACGUUUUUGGUUGACAAAAACGUGUGUGGUAACGAUUACUUGGCAGUGGACUGGAGCAGUAUGAAAUUUCAAUUAAUGCGACUUCGAGGCACUGUAUUCCCAGUGAUCGAUGAGCUCGAAUUGAUCUAGUAAAAUAUUGAUCUAGUAAAAUAAAUGAUAUCACUUUUUUUUUCUUCAAUUCAAUUUAAAUGCAUCAGGGAGAUCCCAUGAGGAUAUAGAUCCCGGAGAGGAAGUCACCGAGUG